CAGGUCAUCCGUCACAGACCUAGUACAUACCUAUUGUUAGUAAUUACUAAUUAGUGUUUUGGAAAUUAUUUGUGCGAUUCUCUGUUAAUCGGGUUUAGUGUGAUAUUAUGAAAUAUUAGUAAUAAGCACAUACAUUAUCAAAUUUUCAAGUACAAUGUGGUCGUUCAUACAGAAAAAUAAAAAUGACAUUAUAUAUUUAUCGCUACUACUUUUUAGUGUUCUGAUCGGACCGUAUUACAGAAAGCUUAAAACAGUUGAAUCCAAAAAAUGGGGUGGUUCAAUAUUAGGUUUAUUGUUAAUUAUAAUAGUGUCAGGCUACAGUGCUGUACAUCCUAUUCUCUCAGCUUUACUAGGGAUUGUUGUCAUUAAGGCAGCUACAAUAAAAUAUUGUCACAUCCUAACAUUCUUCUUCAUGUUUGGCUACUUGUUUUUCUUCCGCCUUGCUGACAAAUUUGGCUUUGCACUGUCCUCUGGUCAAACAAAUUUGAUUGAAAUGAUAAUUGUAUUGAGAGUAAUUGGUGUUGCAUAUGAAAUGAAUGGAUCUUGGCUAGCCAUAUCAAGAGCUAAGAAAAAAGACCAUGAAACUAAGGAUAUCAAGGAAAGAGAUGAUGAGUUCCUUGAAUUGAUUAAUCCAGAUUUUAUUGACCUCUUUCACUAUGCUUUCAACUAUAUUGGAUUAUUGACAGGUCCAUAUUACAGAUAUCGCACAUUUGAUGACUAUUUCCGCUUACCAUAUAGCAAAUAUGUUGACUGCUUUGGAUUCACGAUUAAUACUCUGAAGGCUGUACCUCUUUAUGUAUCACUAUAUCUGGCUUUCUCUAAUAUCUGGCCUCUCGAAUAUGUGUUGACUGAAGAACACAACAAUAGAAGUUUUCUGUAUAGAAUGAUGUACCCUUGGGUACUAUUUGCUGCUUUCCGCCAACGCAUUUACUCUGGAAUGACAUUAGCUGAAAGUGUCUGUACUUCAGCAGGACUAGGAGCAUACCCUGUGCAAGGAAGGAAUAGAACUGGCCACGGACCUACUGUGGGGUAUUUAAAGUUGAAACAAAUGUCUGAAGAAGAGGCUAAAACAGCGCAAUACGAUUUUAACACGGUUGAGUCUAUGGAGGUGUGGGGUUGUGAGUCUGUGGUGACAUUGAGAGAUUCCAUGAAAGUAUGGAAUAAGGCUGUUCAGUACUGGGUGGCUAUGGUAGUUUAUAAACGGUUUCCAAUCAAACCAUUGAAAAUUCAUGCUGCUCUCUUUGUAUCUGUUGUUUGGCAUGGGUACCAUGCUGGAUACUUCUUCUGCAUUUAUUUCUGUCCUUUCUAUCUAAUGGCUGAAGACAUUUACUAUAAGCUCUACUAUAAAGAAGCUACAGGGAUGAAAAAGAAAAUAAUUGGAUUCAUCAUGUGGUUUUUAAGGUCACAUUCAGAAUCGUACCAAGCUGCAGCAUUCCUACUGCUUACUUUCGAUCGUAUAUGGAUAUAUUAUUCCUCUGUAUAUUUCUAUUGGUACGGAGUAUGGUUGGCAUUCCUAAUAAUGGGACUUAUUUUGAAUCAAUUCCAUAAAAUGAAUAAACCCAAGAAGCCAAGAGAAACGGACAAAGGAGAAAUUAGUGCCAAUUAGACUGAAUAUUUUAUAGUUUAUAAUAUAAUUUGUUUGAUACUUGUAAGUGGGUUUCAAAGUUUGGGGUGAAUUUAAUGCCUUUCUUUGUGAUGUAUUUCUUAUGAAUAGUACUGCGCAAUAUUGCGCUAGUUUUUGAAUUACGCAACAUAAUUAUUAAUCAUCAAUUAUUAUCUGCAUUUAUAGCUAAUGUAAACAUUCUGGUCAAAUCACUAACCUGAUUGAUAUUAUUUCUUGUUAAUGUGCGAUGUAUAUAUUUAUUAAUUGUAUAUUUUUCAAUUAAAAUUUUUGGAAAUCGG